UGGAAAGUAACCAGGUUUAUUUUUCUGUGUAUUUUGCAUAAAAAUGUUGGUAUGUAAUAAAGUGAUCGAGAACAACAAUCACCGAAUUUGCAGGAACAAUGCGAUAUAUCAAUAAAAUGUGCGGUCGGUUUAUAUGUUAAAUUUAAGCUGUGAUGUGCUGUGAACUGAAGUGUAGUGAUGAUGUUUAAUGGAUUUUCUUUACUCGGGGCUCAUGAGAGCUUUUAUGUGUAAACUGAUGCUAUUUUGACGUAUUUCCAAAUAAAAUACAUCAUGCCCAGUUCUAAUACAAUAAGAGUCGAGGAAUUUAUUAAUGAAACUAAAGAAGACUACAACUCGCCUAUAACAUCCAAUUUCGUAUCUCGGAUGCAACAAUGUCGAAAUACAAUCACCUCCAUGGAAGAGACACUAGAUUACGACCGAGAUGGAUUGACCAAAAUGAAAAAGGCCAUCAAGGCCAUACACACAUCGGGAAAUACCCAUGUGGAUAAUGAGGCGUACCUGGCCAAGGCGUUGGAGAAAAUCGGCCAGAAUGCGCAAAACAAGGAGCAAGAGGACACGAUAGGCAACGCGUUCAAGAAAUUCGCCGUGGUGACGUCCGAGCUGUCGGCUCUGAUGAAAACGCUGAUGCAGAAUCUGAACAACAUCGUGAUGUUUCCGCUGGACAAUCUGCUGAAAGGCGACUUGCGGGGCGUGAAGGGCGACUUGAAGCGGCCCUUCGAUAAAGCUUGGAAGGAUUACGAGAGCAAGUAUUCGAAGAUCGAGAAGGAAAAGAAACAACAGGCCAAAGAUGCCGGGCUAAUACGUAAUGAGAUUACGCCCGGCGAGAUUGCAGACGAAAUGGAAAAAGAAAGGCGGCUGUUCCAAUUGCAGAUGUGCGAGUAUUUGAUUAAGUACAAUGAAAUCAAGACCAAGAAGGGGAUAGACUUGCUCCAAAACUUAGUCGAAUAUUAUCAUGCUCAAACAAAUUACUUUCAAGAUGGAUUGAAAACCAUCGAACAUUUCGGUAAUUAUGUCGCCGAUCUCAGCGUUAAAUUGCAAAAAAUCCGGCAGACUCAGGACGAGGAGAAGCGAAAAUUGACCGAUUUGAAGACUAAAAUUACUCCCAGUAUCGAGAAAGAGCAAAUACUGGAAUGUAUUUCUUUUAAGGUCGGACCUUCGAGCGACAAGGGCGCAGCAGGGUACUCCUUGCACCAAUUGCAAGGCGACAAAAAUCACGGCGUCACCAAGACCGGGCACUUGCUGAAAAAGUCCGAGGGAAAGAUGCGCCGCGUGUGGCAGAAGCGCAAAUGCCGGGUACAGGCCGACGGCUACUUGGACAUCUGCCACGCCGACGAGACGAAACCGCCGACGCGCGUCAACCUCCUCACCUGCCAGAUCAAAAUUGUGCCCGACGACAAACGAGGAUUCGACCUGAUUUCCUAUAACCGAACGUACCACUUUCAAGCCGAAGACGAAGCCGAUCAGAGAGCCUGGAUGUCAGUAUUAAUUAAUUGUAAAGAUAUGGUUCUCAUGAAGGCCUUCGACGACAGCAGCAAAACGGGCGGCGACAAAGUCAAUCACAGCUUCAUCGAACUGCAACAGGCUAUAAUAAAAUACAUACAGAAAAUACCGGGCAAUGAGCGCUGCUGCGACUGCAACUCGCAAAACGAUGCGACUUGGUUGUCGACAAACUUCGGCAUUAUAGUGUGCAUCGAGUGUUCGGGGAUACAUCGCGACCUAGGCGUCCACAUAUCCCGCAUACAAUCUCUAACGCUCGACAACGUCGGCACCAGCCAACUGGUUUUGGCUCGCUUCAUGACCAACAACAACUUCAACGAGGUCAUGGAGGCUCAGCUGGCGCCCAACGAAAAGCUGGCGCCCUCCAGCUCGAUGGAGGAGCGCCUGAACUUCAUCAGGGCCAAGUAUCUCGACAAGAGAUACGUUCUGAGGACCUGCGAGUCGGACAGGGAGAAGAUGUACGAGCUUGAGAACGCUGUCAAUCGGGGCGAUUUAUCCAACUUGCUGCAGAUUUUCGCCGAGAACGUCGACCUAAGCGCCCCGCUACCCCUUUCUAAGUUCGGCGAGACGGCCCUACACAGGGCCAUAAUCAACGAGUACAAACGCAGCCUGCACAACGAGGCGGGCCGCAGUCUGCACAUCGUCGACUUCUUGAUUCAAAACAUGUCGAAUUCCUCCAUCGACAAGCCGACGUCGCCGCCGCUCUCGUCGGACUCUUCCGGCUCCAAUACGGCCUUGCAUUUGUGCGCGCUCUACGACGCGGUCGAAUGCAUGAAGUUGCUGCUGAGAAGCGGGGCGGACGCGAACGUGAGGAAUUCGCAGAACAAGACGCCCAUGGAUAUCGCGCAAGAUUUGGGACACAACACUUGUCAGGAGCUGUUGCAAAAUGCGGCGAAUCGUUUGAAGAACUUCUUCGAUAACAUUACGAUCGAGUGGAAUCUCUCGCACGACGACGGUUCCACCGAUUUUUCCGACGAUGAUACCAUCAUCGAGGACAGGUAUGCUUUUUAUAACUUCCAGAACGGAUCGCUGACGCCGGAGAAGAAAAACCGAUCCAGGCCGCCAAGUUACACAACAUUCACUGGUAACGUACACGGUAGCCUCAAAAAACGCGUAGCGCCGCUACCACCACCCACGGGCUCGAUAUACGGAACUCUACCGAGCAGCCACAGCAGAACCCCUUCGGAUCCGAUGGCCACCGGCUACCACACCCUCAACUACACACACAAGCGCUCCCCAAGCUCUGACUCAAGCUCAGGCAGAUCUGUGAUACAAACAGGAACUAAACUAGUCAUGUCCGAAUGCAAGAAUUCGGACAAAUUGGGUCUUGUGAGGCGGCCGCAGAACCCGCCGCCGCCGGCGCCGAACCCGCGCCUGUCGAACGGGAGAUCGAACGAGAGCAUUUCUUCGAUGACUUCGGACAUUGAGAUGACCGGCGUGGCGCAUAAUCCGAUACCCCCGCCUAGAAGAAGAAAAAUACGGGAGAGUUUGGAUUGUAGUACGGGCCAGCAUAACGAUGAUAAUUCUAGUCUGGCGUCCGAUUCGCCUCCGAAUCGGAUUUCGUCUAGUCCGAUAUCGACCGGAUCGCUGUGCUCGCCGCGCUCCGGCCGUUUCUCUUACACGCCGAACGGCGGGCCGGGCGGCGGGCCGCGGCGUUGCAAGGCGCUCUACGAUUGCAACGCCGACAACGACGACGAGCUGUCGUUCAGAGAGGGCGAGAUCAUAAUCGUGACGAACGAGCACACGGAAGACGACAAUUGGAUGGAGGGCGUGGUGGAGAACGAGCCCAACAGGGCCGGCAUGUUCCCGAUCAGUUUCGUCCACAUGCUGUCAGAUAUUAACUAGGUGUCGUCGAGUAUUAAAAGUCUAUUUUUGUGUAUAUGGUUUCGAGAACCACCCCCCCUUCCCCUUUCAAGCUUCACGCACCCCUACUUGUCCCCCCACACAAUUAAGUUAAUGUACGCCUCGAGAAUACAACCAGAGAGUGUAAGUAACACCUGCGCAUUGAUGAUGUAUAAUAUAAUAUUAAUAUACAACAUAUAACAAAAUGAUUUUUAUUAUAUGGGUGAUGAUGAAUAAUGAAGAUUUACCACACCAUGAUAAUUUUGUUAAUAUGAAUGAUAUCGCCCCGUCAAAUUAUUAUUUAAUCUUUAUAAAUAUGGCGAUGUACGAGGAGCGCAUGCUCAAUACAAUUUAAACAAUUUAAUUUAAGCUUUUGUCAGUGUCCAGCAAUUUGGUGUUAGGUGUAGCAUUUGUUGAGCAAAUAGCUAAGAAAUUAGACAUUGUUUUACUAUACUUUUUAUUAACUUUAUACAAAUUAAUAGAAAUCCCUUUAUUACAUUUUUUAAAUGCCAUAAAUUGUUAAAUAAAUAUUUCUUUAAUUCUACUAAAAAGUGUUUAGUAUUGACUUUGUUGUUGUAGUAUGCCUGUCAAUUUUGGAUUCUUCACUUACAUUUAUCGAGAUUAAAGACAAUUUUAGACUACUGUUAAGGAUAGUUAUCUUCUAGUUGUUUAAGCGUUUUAAACAUUAUUCCCACCUGUUGUACAUAUGAAAAAAUAAAGGUCAAGACUAAAUAAUUUUUUGACAGGGUUUAAAUUAAGCUAAACAUAUUUAUUAAUACAAGUUAUAAAAAUACAUGUUAUUGUAGUCAAAGUUACCAUUAUUUUCUUAUUUGUGUACUUACUUUUUACUAUAAAAUUGUAUUUUAACACUCGCAUCUUUGUAUAUAACUUCUGUUGUAUUACUCAUUUUUAUUUAUUAAAUAUUACAUGUAAAAUUUAACUGAUGUAGUUUCCUUUGUUGAUUUAUGUUUCUAAAUUUGAUUUAUUAAAAAAA